ACCAGAGUAUCUGAAGCACACCCACAUUAGCAGGUCUAGCUGCGUGUGUUGAUAUUUUUCAAGAUUGCUCGAGUCAGUUGGAGCUUGGCCUUCCAAAAAAGAAUACGAACCGUGUUGAAUUCCUAGUGGCAUUAUAAAUAGAUAAAAUGGCAGAGCCAGAGAAAAAACAAAUUUCCUUUCUAAAAAGGGCUGCAAUGCAAGUCGCAGCUGGAGGAAGUGCUGGUUUCGUUGAAGUGUGCAUCAUGCAGCCACUGGAUGUCGUGAAAACUCGUCUGCAAUUGCAAAGCAAACCCCCAGCAGCAACCGCUGCAUCAGGUUCAGCAGCGUCUAAGGUUUAUUACAAAGGGGUAUUUGACUGUUUCGUAAAAAUGUACAAACACGAAGGCAUUUUAUCAUAUUGGAAAGGAAUUUUACCUCCUGUCAUGGUGGAAACUCCUAAACGAGCUUUAAAAUUCGUAUGCUUUGAACAGUAUAAACCCCUAUUCAUGUUUGGAUCGCCAACACCAACUCCCCUUACUUUCUCGCUUGCAGGUCUGGGUGCCGGCCUGACUGAAGCUAUAGUUGUAAAUCCAUUUGAGGUAGUGAAAGUUGCACAGCAAGCUGACCGAUCUCGCAUGAAAGAAGCACCAACUACCUGGGCCGUCACAAGGCGAAUAAUCAGAGAAGAAGGAUUUGGACUCCGUGGACUUAACAAAGGAGUAACUGCAACAAUGGGUCGAAACGGCGUAUUCAACAUGAUCUAUUUCGGUUUCUAUCACAGUGUCAAAAACAUUAUGCCCGCUUACGAAGAUAGUACAAUGGAAUUUUUACGAAAAGUCAUCCUAGGCUUCACAUCUGGCACUCUAGCAUCAAUUAUUAACAUUCCUUUCGAUGUUGCAAAGUCUAGGAUACAAGGACCUCAACCUAUCCCAGGACAAAGGAAAUAUCAUACAACUUUCCGUUCCAUUGUGCUCGUUGCGAAAGAGGAAGGUGUCGGAGCGCUUUAUAAGGGACUUGUGCCAAAAAUUAUGCGACUUGGUCCGGGUGGCGCAAUCAUGCUUCUAGUUUUCGAAUAUGCUUAUGAAUAUUUGGAACAUAGAUUCGCGUAAUAAGCCUGUGAUAAGGAAAUAAUAAAGAAAUGUUUUUUAUUUGCACAACUGAAA